AUGAUUAUAAUAACGAUAGUAUUAUUUUUAUUAUUUCAUAUCAGUAUUCAUUCAUUACCUAUGAUGAACAAAACCUUAAAUCAACAUAAUGAAACAUUAUCCAAUCUAAAUGAUAAACAAUUAAACAAUAAUAAUAAUGAAAUUAUUCCUACACAUAUCAUUAAUGAUAAUUAUAACCAAUUACUAUUAAUAUUAUUAUUAUUUAAAGAUAUUGCUUCAAUACAAACAUUUAAUACAACAAAUAAUCUUAUGAAUAAUAAUAAUAAUAAUAAUAAAGAAGGUAAUUAUUUAUUAAAAAAUAAUAAUUUCAAUCAAAAAAUCAAUAAUUCAAUUAUAUUAAAACAAAAUCAAUUUAUUGACAAUUCAUGUAAUCAUAAGGAAUGUUCUACAAUAUUUAGAAUAAAAGAAUUAAAUGAUAAACUAAUUUAUUUUAAAGGUAAAUUUAUUAUUAAUAAAAAUAUCAAUAAUGAAAUCUUAUUACGUAAUAUAAUAUCUAAUGAAACAAUUAAAAAUCAAUUAUACAAUAAAAAUUUUACGCAAUUGAUUAUUGAUUUAAAUAAUAAUAAUAAUAUGAAAGAUUUAUCUUUAUUAAAAAUGUUUAAUAACCAAUCCUUUAUACAUUUAUUACUUAAUAUAAACAAGGAUACUAUAUUGAAUAAUUUAACCAUAAAGAAUAUAAUAAACAAUUUGGAUGAUAAAGAAAAUCGAUCAAUUGAUCAUUUAGAUGAUUAUUAUAUUCAGAAAAUGAUUAAUUUAACAGAAAUGAAUACUGAUCAUUUGAUAACAAAAGUGUCAAAUGUCAAAAUCAAUAAAGAAAAGGAAUAUGAUAAUGAAAUCGAUCAAUUAAUUGGUGAAGAACAAAGUUUCAAUGAAGUACUUGGUAACAAUAAGUUAGGGAAUAAUUUAAUAAAGAAAGGAAUAAACAGAGAAAAUAAAAAUAAACUCUUAACAAAUAAUAAUAAAAUAUCAAUAGGAAAAAAAUAUAGAAGAAAACGUUCAUCAAAUGAUAUUGAUUUAGAAGUAUUCAAUGUAGAUUCAUCAAGUGCAGAAAAUAUAAACAGAAACAAUAAACAAAACAAUAAUGAAUAUCAGAAACAAAUAAAAAUAAACAAUCAAAACAAAAUAAGUCGAAGGACUAAAAAAGACAUUGAUACAUAUGAAGAAACCCCAAUAUCCGAGGAAGUGACGACUGUCCCUCCAGCUCCGACUGCAGAUGUGUCAGUGAUUCAGGACUCGAGUCCAGAUACCCCAGUAUCCGAGGAAGUGACGACUGUCUCUCCAGCUCCGACUGCAGAUGUGUCAGUGAUUCAGGACUCGAGUCCAGAUACACCAGUAUCCGAGGAAGUGACGACUGUCUCUCCAGCUCCGACUGCAGAUGUGUCAGUGAUUCAGGACUCGAGUCCAGAUACACCAGUAUCCGAGGAAGUGACGACUGUCUCUCCAGCUCCGACUGCAGAUGUGUCAGUGAUUCAGGACUCGAGUCCAGAUACCCCAGUAUCCGAGGAAGUGACGACUGUCUCUCCAUCUCCGACUGCAGAUGUGUCAGUGAUUCAGGACUCGAGUCCAGAUACACCAGUAUCCGAGGAAGUGACGACUGUCUCUCCAGCUCCGACUGCAGUUGUGUCAGUGAUUCAGGACUCGAGUCCAGAUACACCAGUAUCCGAGGAAGUGACGACUGUCUCUCCAGCUCCGACUGCAGAUGUGUCAGUGAUUCAGGACUCGAGUCCAGAUACACCAGUAUCCGAGGAAGUGACGACUGUCUCUCCAGCUCCGACUGCAGAUGUGUCAGUGAUUCAGGACUCGAGUCCAGAUACACCAGUAUCCGAGGAAGUUUCGACUGUCUCUCCAGCUCCUAAUGCAGAUGUGUCAGUGAUUCAGGACUCGAGUCCAGAUACACCAGUAUCCGAGGAAGUGACGACUGUCUCUCCAUCUCCGACUUCAGAUGUGUCAGUGACUCAGGACUCGAGUCCAGAUACCCCAGUAUCCGAGGAAGUGACGACUGUCUCUCCAGCUCCGACUGCAGAUGUGUCAGUGAUUCAGGACUCGAGUCCAGAUACACCAGUAUCCGAGGAAGUGACGACUGUCUCUCCAGCUCCGACUGCAGAUGUGUCAGUGUUUCAGGACUCGAGUCCAGAUACACCAGUAUCCGAGGAAGUGACGACUGUCUCUCCAGCUCCGACUGCAGAUGUGUCAGUGAUUCAGGACUCGAGUCCAGAUACACCAGUAUCCGAGGAAGUGACGACUGUCUCUCCAGCUCCGACUGCAGAUGUGUCAGUGAUUCAGGACUCGAGUCCAGAUACACCAGUAUCCGAGGAAGUGACGACUGUCUCUCCAUCUCCGACUGCAGAUGUGUCAGUGAUUCAGGACUCGAGUCCAGAUACCCCAGUAUCCGAGGAAGUGACGACUGUCUCUCCAGCUCCGACUGCAGAUGUGUCAGUGAUUCAGGACUCGAGUCCAGAUACCCCAGUAUCCGAGGAAGUGACGACUGUCUCUCCAGCUCCGACUGCAGAUGUGUCAGUGAUUCAGGACUCGAGUCCAGAUACCCCAGUAUCCGAGGAAGUGACGACUGUCUCUCCAGCUCCGACUGCAGAUGUGUCAGUGAUUCAGGACUCGAGUCCAGAUACACCAGUAUCCGAGGAAGUGACGACUGUCUCUCCAUCUCCGACUGCAGAUGUGUCAGUGAUUCAGGACUCGAGUCCAGAUACCCCAGUAUCCGAGGAAGUGACGACUGUCUCUCCAGCUCCGACUGCAGAUGUGUCAGUGAUUCAGGACUCGAGUCCAGAUACCCCAGUAUCCGAGGAAGUGACGACUGUCUCUCCAGCUCCGACUGCAGAUGUGUCAGUGUUUCAGGACUCGAGUCCAGAUACACCAGUAUCCGAGGAAGUGACGACUGUCUCUCCAGCUCCGACUGCAGAUGUGUCAGUGAUUCAGGACUCGAGUCCAGAUACACCAGUAUCCGAGGAAGUGACGACUGUCUCUCCGGCUCCGACUGCAGAUGUGUCAGUGAUUCAGGACUCGAGUCCAGAUACACCAGUAUCCGAGGAAGUGACGACUGUCUCUCCAGCUCCGACUGCAGAUGUGUCAGUGAUUCAGGACUCGAGUCCAGAUACACCAGUAUCCGAGGAAGUGACGACUGUCUCUCCAGCUCCUAAUGCAGAUGUGUCAGUGAUUCAGGACUCGAGUCCAGAUACACCAGUAUCCGAGGAAGUGACGACUGUCUCUCCAUCUCCGACUGCAGAUGUGUCAGUGAUUCAGGACUCGAGUCCAGAUACCCCAGUAUCCGAGGACGUGACGACUGUCUCUCCAGCUCCGACUGCAGAUGUGUCAGUGAUUCAGGACUCGAGUCCAGAUACCCCUGUAUCCGAGGAAGUGACGACUGUCUCUCCAGCUCCGACUGCAGAUGUGUCAGUGAUUCAGGACUCGAGUCCAGAUACACCAGUAUCCGAGGAAGUGACGACUGUCUCUCCAGCUCCGACUGCAGAUGUGUCAGUGAUUCAGGACUCGAGUCCAGAUACCCCAGUAUCCGAGGAAGUGACGACUGUCUCUCCAGCUCCGACUGCAGAUGUGUCAGUGAUUCAGGACUCGAGUCCAGAUACCCCUGUAUCCGAGGAAGUGACGACUGUCUCUCCAGCUCCGACUGCAGAUGUGUCAGUGAUUCAGGACUCGAGUCCAGAUACCCCAGUAUCCGAGGAAGUGACGACUGUCUCUCCAUCUCCGACUGCAGAUGUGUCAGUGAUUCAGGACUCGAGUCCAGAUACCCCAGUAUCCGAGGAAGUGACGACUGUCUCUCCAGCUCCGACUGCAGAUGUGUCAGUGAUUCAGGACUCGAGUCCAGAUACACCAGUAUCCGAGGAAGUGACGACUGUCUCUCCAUCUCCGACUGCAGAUGUGUCAGUGAUUCAGGACUCGAGUCCAGAUACCCCAGUAUCCGAGGACGUGACGACUGUCUCUCCAGCUCCGACUGCAGAUGUGUCAGUGAUUCAGGACUCGAGUUUAGAUACCCCUGUAUCCGAGGAAGUGACGACUGUCUCUCCAGCUCCGACUGCAGAUGUGUCAGUGAUUCAGGACUCGAGUCCAGAUACACCAGUAUCCGAGGAAGUGACGACUGUCUCUCCAGCUCCGACUGCAGAUGUGUCAGUGAUUCAGGACUCGAGUCCAGAUACCCCAGUAUCCGAGGAAGUGACGACUGUCUCUCCAGCUCCGACUGCAGAUGUGUCAGUGAUUCAGGACUCGAGUCCAGAUACACCAGUAUCCGAGGAAGUGACGACUGUCUCUCCAUCUCCGACUUCAGAUGUGUCAGUGAUUCAGGACUCGAGUCCAGAUACCCCUGUAUCCGAGGAAGUGACGACUGUCUCUCCAGCUCCGACUGCAGAUGUGUCAGUGAUUCAGGACUCGAGUCCAGAUACGCCAGUAUCCGAGGAAGUGACGACUGUCUCUCCAGCUCUGACUGCAGAUGUGUCAGUGAUUCAGGACUCGAGUCCAGAUACCCCAGUAUCCGAGGAAGUGACGACUGUCUCUCCAGCUCCGACUGCAGAUGUGUCAGUGAUUCAGGACUCGAGUCCAGAUACCCCAGUAUCCGAGGAAGUGACGACUGUCUCUCCAGCUCCGACUGCAGUUGUGUCAGUGAUUCAGGACUCGAGUCCAGAUACCCCAGUAUCCGAGGAAGUGACGACUGUCUCUCCAGCUCCGACUGCAGUUGUGUCAGUGAUUCAGGACUCGAGUCCAGAUACCCCAGUAUCCGAGGAAGUGACGACUGUCUCUCCAGCUCCGACUGCAGAUGUGUCAGUGAUUCAGGACUCGAGUCCAGAUACACCAGUAUCCGAGGAAGUGACGACUGUCUCUCCAGCUCCGACUGCAGAUGUGUCAGUGAUUCAGGACUCGAGUCCAGAUACACCAGUAUCCGAGGAAGUGACGACUGUCUCUCCAGCUCCGACUGCAGAUGUGUCAGUGUUUCAGGACUCGAGUCCAGAUACACCAGUAUCCGAGGAAGUGACGACUGUCUCUCCAUCUCCGACUGCAGAUGUGUCAGUGAUUCAGGACUCGAGUCCAGAUACACCAGUAUCCGAGGAAGUGACGACUGUCUCUCCAGCUCCGACUGCAGAUGUGUCAGUGAUUCAGGACUCGAGUCCAGAUACACCAGUAUCCGAGGAAGUGACGACUGUCUCUCCAGCUCCGACUGCAGAUGUGUCAGUGAUUCAGGACUCGAGUCCAGAUACACCAGUAUCCGAGGAAGUGACGACUGUCUCUCCAGCUCCGACUGCAGAUGUGUCAGUGAUUCAGGACUCGAGUCCAGAUACCCCAGUAUCCGAGGAAGUGACGACUGUCUCUUCAUCUGCUAUUCCGACUGUGUUAGUUGUUGACAGUUCACUUAUAUCAACUAUACCUUCCACCGUUUCUCUUGGUCAACAUUUUGAUUUUGAUCGUAGUCCAGUUGGAGGUGUUAUUAAGUCUAUGAACAACGAAAUGUUAGACAAUAAUGAGAAAGUUUCUCCGCAUGAGCUUCCAACUGACAUUCCAAGGAACAGAAAUAUUAACAUACAUAUUAGUGGACCUUAUAUUCAUGAGAAUAAUCGGCUUGAAUUUAAAUAUGGUUUAACAAUCGGUUUGAUUUUAUUAUGUAUUCUGGUCAUUAUGUUAAUUCUGUCUACAAUUCUGGUACUUGUUUGGAUUCGUCAUCGACGUAACAAAUAUUCUGGUAGUAUAACCCUGACACAUAUUGAAGAAAACGAUAACAAUGUACAAAAUACCUCAUUAAGGAAAAAUAGAUUUCAAUCUAGAAACAGUACACAUGAUUCAUUUACAGCUAUAGAAGGAAUAGUUAAUGAAAGCAAAAGUAAUAAAUCUACUAAUUCAAUGAAAACACCAGCAAUACAAAAACGUCUUGAACUACGAAGAAAACAACAUGUAAAAGCUAAAAUAUUAGCUCAUGAAGCUUUACUUUCCACUGAUGAUUGUUCUUCAUGUGAUUGUGGUUUUACUUUUAAAUCUCCCAACCCUGAACGUCUCUGUUUAACAUCGAAUUUAGAUAAUGAUGUUAUAUUAACUGGUGCACGGCGUAGACAAAGCAAUGAUAGCGGUGAUAGGAAAAACCAAACAAAUCAAAAUAUAUUAAAUUCUGUUGAACAUACUCAUGAUAAAGAAGAUGAAUUUUCAGAUAUUCCUUCUAUAAAUAAUAAUAAUUUUAUUAAAAAUAAUGAAACUACAUCUCAUUAUCAAGAGAUAAGUAUGAACAAACCCAGUAUAAGUUCAAAAGCAUGGAAAUAUAUUGAUGAAAAUUAGGAUUAAAUGAUUUAAUAUCUCUAUAUAUUUCUUUAUGUUUACAAAAAUAAUAAAACUGUAAGCCCAAAAUUACACAUUAAUUUUAUAUUACAUUACAUUAAGUUGAAAUUUCAUUUUAUUUCAUCGAUAGUAUUUUCAAUCAUCUCUAAUAAAAUUUCAAACUUUGACAAGUACUACUUAUAGUAAUAAUAAUAAUAGUAGUAGUAGUAGUAAUAUGAUAAAUAUUAAAUACGUACAUAGAUUUAAUCAAGUGUUUUAUUAUAAAUUAUUAUUCAUAUCAUUAGAUAGUACAUACAUUUCAGAUUUAAAUUCAAUAAUAAUCAUCAUUUAAAAUGUUAAUUGAAACACUUAAACUACAUUCCUUUAUCUCUUUAUUUAUUCCAUAAACAAAAUAACUAUUCAUUAAUUAGUACAACAUAAUCUUUUACUCUAAGCUUUUGUUUAUUAUGAAAUUUUUCUUUCUUUGUAAGAAAAUACUUUUAAGGAAUUAUUAUCAUCGUUUUGCUGUAAAAACCAAAAAAAAAGAGUUCCUUUUGUUUUGUUUUGUGAUCAAGAACCGAUUUUUUAAAAAAAACGUUUUUUCUCUGUAAACCCAUAUGAAGUAAUUGUUGUUCAGUUAUAAAAUGCAAUUU